AAAGGACUUGGAACUCAGUUAGGCAGGCGGAGUUUCAACUUGAUUAGCAGGGGUGGGUUGAUUUCCUGACUGUCAGGAAAUGGAAUUCUCAAACCUCAGAAAAUAAAACCUAAUCCCUUGGCAACUGCCUCAAAGUCAAGGUGCUUUUCUGCCUUUCUUAGAGGAGGAGUCUGGGGAGCUGAGUGGCAGCUGGGGCCCUGACACUAGGAAUUGAGCUUCUUGUAGCAGCCUAAGGACCAUAAGCCUGCUCCUGGUCCCUCUCAAGAGGCUCUGUGGACUUCGCGGGACCCAGAACAUCUACAAGCCCUGAGAAGAGGAAUCUGAGGGUGGAGAUUUGAGCUAGAAGUUAAGAACCGCAACCAAGACUCCUAGGAAGGGGAGGUGGGAACAGGGGCAAGGUAUGCAAAUGGAGCCUCCUCCUCGCUCAGGACCAUAUCCGCCAGCUGGGUAUGCCCCUCAGUAUCCACCAGCAGAAUUCCAAGGACCUCCAGAACACAUUGGGUGCCCCCCACACCAGACUAACUACCAAGGUUCCCAGUCUGGUUAUCCAGGGCCUCAGGCUGGCUACGUAGUCUCAACAUCUAGACAUGAAGGUAAAGCUGCAACACAGCUUCCUAUUCAAAAUAACCAGUCUGUAGUCAUUGUAAACACCCCGUGGAUGCCAGCACCACCACCUCUUCUGAACUGCCCACCUGGGCUAGAAUACUUAAAUCAGAUAGAUCAGAUUUUGAUUCAUCAGCAAGUUGAACUUCUAGAAGUUGUAACAGGCUUUGAAACAAAUAACAAAUUUGAAAUCAAGAACAGCCUUGGGCAGAUGGUUUACAUUGCUGUGGAAGAUACUGACUGCUGCACUCGAAAUUGCUGUGAAGCCUCUAGACCUUUCACCUUGAGGAUCCUGGAUCAUCUGGGCCAAGAAGUCAUGACUCUAGAGCGACCCUUGAGAUGCAGUAGCUCCUGUUUCCCCUGCUGCCUCCAGGAGAUAGAAAUCCAGGCUCCUCCUGGGGUGCCGAUAGGUUAUGUGAUUCAGAACUGGCACCCGUGUCUGCCCAAGUUCACUCUUCAAAAUGAAAAGAGAGAAAGUGUUCUAAAAGUUGUUGGCCCAUGUGUUGCAUGCACCUGCUGCUCAGAUAUUAACUUUGAGGUCAAGUCUCUUGAUGAGGCAACUAGAAUUGGCAAGAUCACCAAGCAAUGGUCUGGUUGUGUGCAAGAGGCCUUUACCGAUUCAGAUAACUUUGGACUCCAGUUCCCGAUGGACCUGGAUGUGAAGAUGAAAGCUGUGGUGCUUGGUGCUUGUUUCCUCAUAGAUUACAUGUUUUUUGAAGGCUGUGAAUAGGAACAGAAAUCAGACCUGCAGUGGGACCAAUGACAGAAGACAGAGAAGAUUGGGAAACCUGGGGCAUUUUUUGUUUCUUCAUUGAAAUUUCUCAGAAUCAAGAUACUAUCCAUGAGGCAUAUAUGUACAAUUUUGCUUUUCAAAUGAUACUUUAUCUUUUACAAGAUUGGAAUAUAUUAUCCAAUUAUCUUUAUAUCCUUCUAAAAAUAUUCACCAAAUUCAAGUUAAAAAAUAAGAAAAGUGUAUGAUUUAAAAUAAAAAAUUUUAUGGAAAAGUAAGUUGAAUCAUAAUCUCUGAUUUAUUUUACAUCUUCUGUUCAAUUUAAACCUUGUUAGUGCUGAUUUUAUUAUAAAAUUAUACUUGAUUCUAUCAAACCUAGUUAGUUUAUUUC